AUGGACAGGACUGAGCCGAAAGGAUCAGCCUCGCAUCUAAUGACAGUACCACAAGAACUUCGGCUUGGCGAUCCAUAUCCUGGUCGUCCAAAUAGCCUGUUGGUUCAAAUUCCAACAUGGACCAAUAUGGUAGAUUUUGGGCAGGGAAAAGCGCAAAUGAAUAACGGCUAUCCCAGGUCCGUUGUGCACCCUGAUAUACCUGGGAUCAACUUGGAUGAUGCUAAUUAUAAGCCAUUCAAGCUUAGUUCCACGAUUCUGGACAUGGCCCACGAAGACAUAGAUCGCAAACACUCUUCACUUCUGCUGUUCUCUGGUGUCCAUGCGGCACUUUCCUGCAAGAAUUACAUCCUCCUUCUCUCUCAGACUAAGGAUCAUUCAACCCUCGACAAUUUGAUAAGGGUAUACUGGGUAAAUUUUAGUAGCUCGGUGUGUCAUGACAAUCACGCGCGCUCGUCUAUAUCAGGGAUUUAUGCAGUCAUCUACCCUAAUGCAACGUCUUCCGAGGCUCAGGCGUUCUGGGAACGGGCGGGGCCAGGCAUAUCCCCACGUUUGGCACAACAUUGCUUAAAGUAUGGUUCGAAGCCUCGGGUCCACGCAUUGACUGCUUCUACCACCACCACUAUAGGGAGCACCCUUCCCAAUUCCCACCCUGUGUACGAAAAACUUCGUGAAAGAAUUGCUGGCUAUGUUCAGCACCGAGGGAUGGAUCCCCGGGUCCUCAAGCAGGUCGCUCCAUCCGACAUCUUCCUAUAUGGCUCCGGGAUGGCAGCCAUAUACCACAUUCACCAGUCAAUUCUGGCCGAGAGGGCUGGGGAGACCAUCAAUGCUGGCCUCCUGUAUGGGCCUACUCUUAGACUCCUACAAACAGAAGGUCCAGGGCUCAAAUCUUAUAACCUAGGAACUGAGGCCGACUUGGAUGAUAUUGCUGCCCGGCUAGAGUUGGGAUCUGAGGAGGCUCGCGCGGUGCAAGCAAUAUGGUGUGAAUUUCCCAGCAACCCAUUACUGCAGACGGUAGAUCUACAGCGAUUACGUCUAGUGGCGGAUCAACAUGACAUUCCUAUAGUGGUGGAUGACAGUGUUGCCAGCUUUGCAAACGUAGAUCUCCUGGGAGUGGCCGACGUUGUUGUCUCCUCGCUGUCUAAAUAUUUCAGCGGAUAUGCCGACGUAAUGGCAGGAAGUGUCAUCCUGAAUCCCAAUUCGACACACUAUGUCGCUCUGAGGAAACGACUGUCUGCUACGUACGAGAAUAGCCUUUUCGUGCAAGAUGCGAUCCGGUUGGAAUUCAAUAGCCGGGAUUUUCUAGCUCGAAUGGCUCGAAUCAACGACACCACAAAAUACCUUGUAACCCAGCUUUUGCCUCUCGUCUCGAAUCCCGCGAGCCCAGUGACGCGUAUUCUAUACCCAUCCGUGUGCUCAUCACGUCCAUACUACGAGCGCCACAUGCGCCUUGCCUGGUCUAACGAGCCUCCAUCAGGAUAUGGGGGCGUUUUCACGAUAGAGUUUGCCGACAUCGGAAGCGCUUCUGUCUUUUUCGACCACUUAAUCAGCUAUAAAGGGCUAUCAUUUGGCGCGGAUGUCUGCAUUGCGUCGCCAUAUAUGCAGAUGACGGGGCAGACCGGUAAGAAGCAACCAUCUUCCUAUGACGCAAAUGAGACCAUCGUACGCUUUUCCGUGGGUCUAGAGGAUUCAGGAGAGAUCCUCAAGCGCCUAAACGCUGCGUUGGAUGCUGCGAGUCUAGCGCUUUCGGCCCACGCGAAUGUGUCACUGUACUGCUAG